GCUCUUCCAGGCUAACUACCCCCCCCCCGGGGGGGGCCGCUCCCGUCUAGCCUGGCCUAUGCCUGCCCCCGGGGGAGGAGCCCGUGAGCGGAGCGUGCAGCAAACAGAGGCAAAGGCCCCGCAGCUCCCCCCGCAAGCCCCCCGGCGGCUGCUCCCGGGAUUUGGGGGCAGACGGGCCGGAGCGAGCCGCGCGCGGGCGGGGAAGGAGGCCGGCAGCGCAGCGGAGAGAGGACGCGGGCGCAGCCGGGCGAGGGUUCGGGGAAGCCGGGGCGGCCUCCGCUUUCCGCUCGGCUGCGGGCUGAUGCAGGCGUUUGUCACCCGGCGGAUCCCCCGCGAGGGGCUGGCGGCCCUGAGCCAGGCCGGCGUCUGCAGCAUCCAGCAAUGGGAUUCGGACGAACCUAUCCCACGGUCAGAAUUGCUGGCAGGGGUGGCUGGGAAGCAUGGACUGCUCUGUGUCUUGUCUGACCAGAUAGACAAAGAGGUCCUCGAUGCAGCAGGGUCCAACCUUAAAAUAAUCAGCACGCUGUCUGUGGGUGUUGACCAUCUGGCUCUAGAAGAAAUUAAAAAGCGUGGAAUCCGUGUGGGAUACACCCCGGACAUCCUGACAGAUGCCACGGCCGAGCUCUCGGUAGCUUUGCUCUUAGCUGCGUGUCGCAGGCUGCCGGAGUCAGUGGAGGAAGUGAAAAAUGGUGGUUGGACAACAUGGAAGCCUCUGUGGAUGUGUGGAUACGGGCUGUCCGGUAGCACUGUAGGAAUCAUAGGGCUGGGAAGAAUAGGACAGGCAGUGGCGCACCGUCUAAAGCCGUUUGGGGUCAAGAAAUUUUUGUAUACGGGAAGUCGCCCAAAACCGGAGAACGCCAUGGAGUUUCAAGCUGAGUUUGUCCCACUUGCCAAGCUAGCAAAGGAGUCAGACUUUGUUGUUGUUACCUGUUCCUUAACUCCUGACACUAAAGGAGUGUGCAACAAGGAUUUCUUCAGCCGAAUGAAGAAAACGUCUGUGUUUAUCAACACAAGCAGGGGAGCAGUGGUGAAUCAGGAAGACCUGUACCAGGCUUUGGUUAGUGGCCAGAUUGCAGCUGCUGGUCUGGAUGUCACAACCCCGGAGCCGCUGCCUACUGACCACCCUCUCCUUUCCCUGAAGAAUUGUGAGCUGCUCAAAUACCAAACCCAUCUGGCAUGUAGCCAUGACACCAAUAAAAGAAAGGACGUUCUGGAGUUGGCUUUCACUUUCAUUCUCUCUCUUGACCAGAAACACCUUGCUCUUCUGUUCACGGGUGAAGCUAUAGCCAGCACUGCUAACAGACUAUGGUUUGUGGAGAUGAUGUAAUUCUGGAAACCUGGGGUGAAAUCCUGGCCCCAUUGAAGUCAGGGUGAAAACUGCCAUUGGCAUUAGUGGGGCCAGGAUUUCACUCACGGUGACUAGGAUAGCGCCACCAAACUCUUCUCCCAUGUUACUCCAUGGCUGGUGCAUUAACCCAACUAAACUUCAGAUCCAUCCCACAUGGAGACUAGAUACAGAGACGUGGCACAAGAGUGACACCGCAAAAGGAAAGUGUACAUGCUAGAGUAACAAGCAUACUGCUUUGGUGCACAGACCAAUCUCUGAAAUAUGUCUUCUCUCCCCCGUAUAGUGAUUUUGCCUCACAUUGGAAGUGCUACCUAUGCUACCAGAAGCGCCAUGUCUGUGCUGGCUGC